GGCCUGAGCUUUCAGUGAGGGGAGCAACAGGCUGGCUGGUGACAAGGGGCAAAUGUUUAAAGCAAAGAGAGGGGGAAAAGAGAAAAAAGUACCAACAACAAAUUAAUGACAGCAGCCGACCAACACGAAGUGAGUGUGAAAGAGUCAUAAGAACAAGAGAAGAGGACGAGCCUGAGAGUGAAGCUCUGCUUCUGUUGCUGCUGCUGCUGCUGCUGCAGGUGGAGGGCCUGUCACCUUUGAGGACACGCUGAGGUUGAAAAUUAAGACAGAGACCAAGAGGACAGCCAUGUUUUCAACCAGACCAGAGAUCCAGCCGUAAAAGAUAAGAGGCGGUCACCCCCGUCUUCCAGAUCCCCCUCCGCCCCCCAGCGCAACCCUCACCACAGCGGCUCCACAGAGGAACAGGAGAGCCCUGAGAGAGUGGUGCAGAAGGAGAAGCUCCAUGCCGAGCUGAAGCAGGUACUGAGCCAGAAGAGAAGUCAUCUGAGAGAGUCGACCUGCCAGCUGGCCCAACCAGAGAUGGACUCUGAGCCAGCAAAUGAACAGACAAGUGUGGAGGAAGCCUCUAAAUCUGUGGAGAUUGUGGUGGAGACAGAGGCAGGGGCUGGAGCCAGCGGCUACAGUGUGACUGGUGGAGGAGAACGAGGGAUCUUUGUAAAAGACGUCCUCAAAGACUCUCCAGCUGCUAAACACCUCAGUCUACAGCAAGGUGACCAGCUGCUAAGUGCCAAAGUCUACUUUGACAAUGUGAGGUAUGAAGACGCUUUAAAAAUCCUUCAGUGCGCAGAGCCAUAUAGGGUCAGCUUCCAGCUUAAGCGAACCAUCCCUGGAGCGGAUGGCAGCGUGCGCCCAAAGGUUCCCAGUGUGGAGGUCAAAGGUCCCAAAGUCAAGAUGGGCAAAAUGAGUGUGAAGGGGACCAAACCAUUCAAGACUCAGAAGAAACGAGGUGGACGUUUUGGUCUGAAAAGGCUAAAAGAGAAGCGAAGAGAGGAGCUGGUGGUAGAGGGAACACCUCCCAGGCUGGAGAUGAGUGAUGUAGAGUUUUCUCUUCCCAAAUUCAAACAAAGGAAAAGUCCAAAAGUUGAAGUAGAGGAAGCCAGAGGAGCAGCAGUUGAGAGGAAGGCAAAGAAGAGGAUGAGGUUCCCGCAAAAAGGAGCAAAAGUGGAGACAGGACGGUUUGAAGGACAAGUGAAUAUUUCCCCAUCUGAAAUGCCUGGAGCUAAAGUGAAAAGCAAAGGAAAAGGACACAAGUUUGGCAUCACCUUUCCUACAAGCAAACACACAAAGUCAGGCUCUACUUUGGAAACUGGAUCUGUGGAGCUGAAGCCUCCGGGGGUAAACAUCCAGCCGCCAUCUGUGGAGUUCAGUUUGUCUGCUAAUAAAGAUGUGGAGAAGGGAGCAUCUAAAGUUAGCCUACCUGAUGUGGAGUUUGCUCUCCCUUCAGGAAAAGCUGAGACAUCUUUGCCCAGUGUGAAGGGAACGGCCAAAAUCAAAGCUCCUGAAAUGGACAUCAAAGGAAGAGCUGAAACAGCUGAAGGAAAAGUUCAUGUAGAUGCAGACAAAGGAGAUAAAAAGGUCAGAAUGCCAAAGUUGAAACUACCCAAAGUUAGACUCUCACACCAUUCAGAUGAAAUUGAUGGUGACAUCAAGGUAAAAGCUGGAGGCAUCAAAAUGCCUCAUACUGACAUAAAACCUCCAGAGGUAGAAAUCAAAGGAGAUGGGCAGAUCGGUCUUCCCUCUGUUGAUAUUUCUUUGCCUAAAGUGAAGGGAAAGACUGACAUAUUGAUCAAAGAUCACGAAGGAAUUAGGAAGACUGCAAUCAACAUGCCUGCCAGUGACAUCUCUGUAGCUGAUAUUGAUUUGGAAUUAGACAGCGGACGGAGAAUUCCUGAUGAGGUCGAGGGCACUUUUAAAGGGCCCAAGAUCUCUAUGCCAAAGGUUGAUAUCUCACUACCUAAGAUGGGAUCAUCGGUGGACACUGAGUGCCCAGAAGUGGAAGGAAAAUUCUCUCUACCUUCUGUUGAGCUCUCACUCCCAAAGGUCCAAUCAGACAGUGGAGAUGUCCAUAUGGACUACUAUGUUGGUGGUGAUGGAAAAUUCAAAAUGCCUGAUUUUGACAUUUCUCAACCAGGAGAAGUAAACAUAAGGGGACAAGGUGUGGAAGGGGAAUUCAAGUUACCCAAAGUGGACCUGAUCCUUCCCAAAGGCAAAGCAGGAGUGACUGAUGUUGAAGGGGAAGGAAAUUUUCAUUUACCACCAAGUGAAAUGCAGAUACCCUCUGUUGAUAUUUCUCUUGAAAAGGGAAGGGCAAAGGGCAAAAUUGAAAUGGAGGCUCCCUCUGCUAAAGGACGAUUCAAAAUGCCUUCACUUGAUGUCAGACUCCCUAAGAUGGGAACAUCUGAAACUGAGGCUAAUUUACAUGGUUCUGAUAUCAAAGGAGGGAAAAUUGAACUGCCAUCAAUAGAUGUUUCUCUGUCAAAAGACAAGGGAGGGGCUGAAACUGAUGGAAAAGGAAGCAAUUUUAAAAUGCCUUCAUGUAAUAUAUCCCUACCAAAACUGAAGCCAUCUGAAAAAGAGGUUGUUUUAGAAGGGAGUGAAGUAAAAGGAGGCAAACUCACCAUGCCCACUGUAGACAUUUCUCCUCCAAAAAUAAAGCUACCUGACCCUGAUGUCAAACUUGAAGGACCAGAACUUCCAGGUGUUGACUUUUCACUAUCCAAGCCAAACAUUGAGGCCAAUGUGGAGCUCAGUGGCAGUGGGGGUAGCAAGUUCCAGCUCCCAACUUUUGAUAUCUCACUUCCAAAGGUGCCCACCAAAGAAGGGGAAUUUGAUAUUGAAUCUAAAGCAAAAGGAGGAGCAAAGUUCAACGUCCCAUCACUUGACUUCGCUCUUCCUGUAAUGAAAUCACCAGAGGGAGAGGUAAAGAUUGAGAGCCCUGAAGUCAAAGGAAGAAAAUUCCAGAUGCCUUCUUUGGAUGUCUCACUACCAAAGAUGAAGAUGCCUGAGGGAAAUCUUGUCCUAGAAGGACCUUCUCUUGACAUCUCUCCUCCAAAGGGAAAAGCAAAAGGAAAAGCAGAGGGUGACAUACAAGUAAAAAGUAAAGGAGAACCUUUUCAAAUCCCUUCAGUUGAUGUUUCUCUACCUCAAAUUAAAUCAAAGCAAGGUGAUAUAAAUGUUGAAGGACCAGAAAUUACCUUUGAAGGUAAUGGGAAAGGAGGCAAAUUCAAUUUGCCAUCUGUUGACAUUGAUCUUCCUGUUGUAAAAAUGCCGACUGUUGAUAUUUCACUUCCAAAAGGUAAAGAAGAGGGAGAAGUUGACACUGGCAUUGACAUAAACACUGAAGGGCCUGAAGGUAGAGGAGGAAAGAUAACACUGCCAAAAUUUGACAUUUCUUUACCAAAGGUAAAUUUUCCUGAGGGUGAUGUCAAAUUAAAAGGACCUGAAACAAAGGGAAGAAAGAUUGAAAUGCCAGAUAUUGACAUAUCACUCCCCAAAGGAAAAGUAGGGGGGGAAAUUGAAGGGCACACUGGCAAAGGCAACAAGUUCAACAUGCCCUCUAUUAACAUCUCUCUCCCUAAAAUAAAAUCUAAAAGACCAGAUAUAGAUACUGAAGGUCCUCAAGUCAAAGGUGGAAAACCAAACAUGCCAUCCAUAGAUCUUUCUACACCUAAUAUAAAAUCUCAGGAUGUAGAUGUCGCGCUUGAGGGUCCUGAUGUCAAGGGAGGGAACAUCAAAAUUCCAUCUGUUGAUGUUUCACUUCCUAAAGGAAAGGUUGAGGGUGACAUAAAUAUCGAAGGCCCUGACAUGAAAGGGGGCAAAUUCAAAAUGCCAAAAUUUGAUGUUUCUUUGCCUAAAGUCAGUCUCCCAAAGGCUGGAGUCGAUGUUGAAGGACCAGAUUUCAAAGGGAAACUUCAAAUGCCCACUGCUGAUAUCUCUCUUCCAAAGGGAAAAGCAGAUGUUGAUAUUGACAUUGAAGGAAAAACUGGGAAAGGUGGCAAGUUUCACAUGCCUUCAGUUGAUAUUUCUCUUCCUAAAAUCAAAGCAAAGGGACUUGAUGUUGAUAUCCAAGGGCCUGAAGUCAGAGGUGAUAUGUCACUCCCUAAAAUCAAGUCUCCAGAGGUAGAUAUCAACCUCCAAGGUCCAGAUAUUAAAGGGGGGAAAUUUAAAUUGCCCACUGUCGACAUGCCAUCAUUGGAUCUCUCACUACCCAAAAUGAAGUCUCCAGAUGUAGAUAUUAAUCUUGAGGGUCCUGAUGUCAAGGGAGGGAACAUCAAAAUUCCAUCUGUUGAUGUUUCACUUCCUAAAGGAAAGGUUGAGGGCAGCCUUGAUGUUGAGGGCCCUGAAGUGAAGGGUGACAAGUUUAAAAUGCCAAAAUUUGAUAUUUCUUUACCAAAAGAGAGUCUUCCAGAAGGUGGUGUCAAAAUAAAAGGUCCUGACAUUAAAACUGGAAAGAUUGAGAUGCCAGACAUCGAUAUUUCACUCCCCAAAGGAAAAGCAAAAGGAAAAAUUGAAGGAGAUAUUGGAAAAGGCGGAAAGUUCCACAUGCCAUCUAUUGACCUGUCUUUUCCUAAAAUCAAAGCCAAAGGUCCUGAAGUUAAUGUUGAAGGCCCUCAGGUUGAAGAUGGGAAGCUAAAUAUACCAUCCCUUGAUGUUUCGCUACCCAAAAUGAAAUCUCCAGAUGUAGAUGUCACUCUUGAGGGUCCUGACGUCAAGGGAGGGAAGAUCAAAAUUCCAUCUGUUGAUGUUUCACUUCCUAAAGGAAAGGUUGAGGGUGACAUAAAUAUCGAAGGCCCUGACAUGAAAGGGGGCAAAUUCAAAAUGCCAAAAUUUGAUGUUUCUUUGCCUAAAGUCAGUCUCCCAAAGGCUGGAGUCGAUGUUGAAGGACCAGAUUUCAAAGGGAAACUUCAAAUGCCCACUGCUGAUAUUUCUCUUCCAAAGGGAAAAGCAGAUGUGGAUAUUGACAUUGAAGGAAAAACUGGUAAAGGUGGCAAGUUUCACAUGCCUUCAGUUGAUAUUUCUCUUCCUAAAAUCAAAGCAAAGGGACUUGAUGUUGAUAUCCAAGGGCCUGAAGUCAGAGGUGAUAUGUCACUCCCUAAAAUCAAGUCUCCAGAGGUAGAUAUCAACCUCCAAGGUCCAGAUAUUAAAGGGGGGAAAUUUAAAUUGCCCACUGUCGACAUGCCAUCAUUGGAUCUCUCACUACCCAAAAUGAAGUCUCCAGAUGUUGAUGUCACUCUUGAGGGUCCUGAUGUCAAGGGAGGGAACAUCAAAAUUCCAUCUGUUGAUGUUUCACUUCCUAAAGGAAAGGUUGAGGGUGACAUAAAUAUCGAAGGCCCUGAGAUGAAAGGGGGCAAAUUCAAAAUGCCAAAAUUUGAUGUUUCUUUGCCUAAAGUCAGUCUCCCAAAGGCUGGAGUCGAUGUUGAAGGACCAGAUUUCAAAGGGAAACUUCAAAUGCCCACUGCUGAUAUCUCUCUUCCAAAGGGAAAAGCAGAUGUGGAUAUUGACAUUGAAGGAAAAACUGGUAAAGGUGGCAAGUUUCACAUGCCUUCAGUUGAUAUUUCUCUUCCUAAAAUCAAAGCAACAGGACUUGAUGUUGAUAUCCAAGGACCUGAAGUCAAAGGUGAUAUGUCACUCCCUAAAAUCAAGUCUCCUGAGGUAGAUAUCAGCCUCCAAGGUCCAGAUAUUAAAGGGGGGAGAUUUAAAUUGCCCACUGUCGACAUGCCAUCAUUGGAUCUCUCACUACCCAAAAUGAAGUCUCCAGAUGUUGAUGUCACUCUUGAGGGUCCUGAUGUCAAGGGAGGGAACAUCAAAAUUCCAUCUGUUGAUGUUUCACUUCCUAAAGGAAAGGUUGAGGGUGACAUAAAUAUCGAAGGCCCUGACAUGAAAGGGGGCAAAUUCAAAAUGCCAAAAUUUGAUGUUUCUUUGCCUAAAGUCAGUCUCCCAAAGGCUGGAGUCGAUGUUGAAGGACCAGAUUUCAAAGGGAAACUUCAAAUGCCCACUGCUGAUAUCUCUCUUCCAAAGGGAAAAGCCGAUGUGGAUAUUGACAUUGAAGGAAAAACUGGUAAAGGUGGCAAGUUUCACAUGCCUUCAGUUGAUAUUUCUCUUCCUAAAAUCAAAGCAAAGGGACUUGAUGUUGAUAUCCAAGGGCCUGAAGUCAGAGGUGAUAUGUCACUCCCUAAAAUCAAGUCUCCAGAGGUAGAUAUCAACCUCCAAGGUCCAGAUAUUAAAGGGGGGAAAUUUAAAUUGCCCACUGUCGACAUGCCAUCAUUGGAUCUCUCACUACCCAAAAUGAAGUCUCCAGAUGUUGAUGUCACUCUUGAGGGUCCUGAUGUCAAGGGAGGGAACAUCAAAAUUCCAUCUGUUGAUGUUUCACUUCCUAAAGGAAAGGUUGAGGGCAGCCUUGAUGUUGAGGGCCCUGAAGUGAAGGGUGACAAGUUUAAAAUGCCAAAAUUUGAUAUUUCUUUACCAAAAGAGAGUCUUCCAGAAGGUGGUGUCAAAAUAAAAGGUCCUGACAUUAAAACUGGAAAGAUUGAGAUGCCAGGCAUCGAUAUUUCACUCCCCAAAGGAAAAGCAAAAGGAAAAAUUGAAGGAGAUAUUGGAAAAGGUGGAAAGUUCCACAUGCCAUCUAUUGACCUGUCUUUUCCUAAAAUCAAAGCCAAAGGUCCUGAAGUUAAUGUUGAAGGCCCUCAGGUUGAAGGUGGGAAGCUAAAUAUACCAUCCCUUGAUGUUUCGCUACCCAAAAUGAAAUCUCCAGAUGUAGAUGUCACUCUUGAGGGUCCUGAUGUCAAGGGAGGGAACAUCAAAAUUCCAUCUGUUGAUGUUUCACUUCCUAAAGGAAAGGUUGAGGGUGACAUAAAUAUCGAAGGCCCUGACAUGAAAGGGGGCAAAUUCAAAAUGCCAAAAUUUGAUGUUUCUUUGCCUAAAGUCAGUCUCCCAAAGGCUGGAGUCGAUGUUGAAGGACCAGAUUUCAAAGGGAAACUUCAAAUGCCCACUGCUGAUAUCUCUCUUCCAAAGGGAAAAGCAGAUGUGGAUAUUGACAUUGAAGGAAAAACUGGUAAAGGUGGCAAGUUUCACAUGCCUUCAGUUGAUAUUUCUCUUCCUAAAAUCAAAGCAACAGGACUUGAUGUUGAUAUCCAAGGGCCUGAAGUCAGAGGUGAUAUGUCACUCCCUAAAAUCAAGUCUCCAGAGGUAGAUAUCAACCUCCAAGGUCCAGAUAUUAAAGGGGGGAGAUUUAAAUUGCCCACUGUCGACAUGCCAUCAUUGGAUCUCUCACUACCCAAAAUGAAGUCUCCAGAUGUAGAUAUUAAUCUUGAGGGUCCUGAUGUCAAGGGAGGGAACAUCAAAGUUCCAUCUGUUGAUGUUUCACUUCCUAAAGGAAAGGUUGAGGGUGACAUAAAUAUCGAAGGCCCUGACAUGAAAGGGGGCAAAUUCAAAAUGCCAAAAUUUGAUGUUUCUUUGCCUAAAGUCAGUCUCCCAAAGGCUGGAGUCGAUGUUGAAGGACCAGAUUUCAAAGGGAAACUUCAAAUGCCCACUGCUGAUAUCUCUCUUCCAAAGGGAAGAGCAGAUGUUGAUAUUGACAUUGAAGGAAAAACUGGUAAAGGUGGCAAGUUUCACAUGCCUUCAGUUGAUAUUUCUCUUCCUAAAAUCAAAGCAAAGGGACUUGAUGUUGAUAUCCAAGGACCUGAAGUCAAAGGUGAUAUGUCACUCCCUAAAAUCAAGUCUCCUGAGGUAGAUAUCAGCCUCCAAGGUCCAGAUAUUAAAGGGGGGAAAUUUAAAUUGCCCACUGUCGACAUGCCAUCAUUGGAUCUCUCACUACCCAAAAUGAAGUCUCCAGAUGUUGAUGUCACUCUUGAGGGUCCUGAUGUCAAGGGAGGGAACAUCAAAAUUCCAUCUGUUGAUGUUUCACUUCCUAAAGGAAAGGUUGAGGGCAGCCUUGAUGUUGAGGGCCCUGAAGUGAAGGGUGACAAGUUUAAAAUGCCAAAAUUUGAUAUUUCUUUACCAAAAGAGAGUCUUCCAGAAGGUGGUGUCAAAAUAAAAGGUCCUGACAUUAAAACUGGAAAGAUUGAGAUGCCAGACAUCGAUAUUUCACUCCCCAAAGGAAAAGCAAAAGGAAAAAUUGAAGGAGAUAUUGGAAAAGGUGGAAAGUUCCACAUGCCAUCUAUUGACCUGUCUUUUCCUAAAAUCAAAGCCAAGGGACCUGAAAUUAAUGUCGAAGGCCCUCAGGUUGAAGGUGGGAAGCUAAAUAUACCAUCCCUUGAUGUUUCGCUACCCAAAAUGAAAUCUCCAGAUGUAGAUGUCACUCUUGAGGGUCCUGAUGUCAAGGGAGGGAAGAUCAAAAUUCCAUCUGUUGAUGUUUCACUUCCUAAAGGAAAGGUUGAGGGUGACAUAAAUAUCGAAGGCCCUGACAUGAAAGGGGGCAAAUUCAAAAUGCCAAAAUUUGAUGUUUCUUUGCCUAAAGUCAGUCUCCCAAAGGCUGGAGUCGAUGUUGAAGGACCAGAUUUCAAAGGGAAACUUCAAAUGCCCACUGCUGAUAUCUCUCUUCCAAAGGGAAAAGCAGAUGUGGAUAUUGACAUUGAAGGAAAAACUGGUAAAGGUGGCAAGUUUCACAUGCCUUCAGUUGAUAUUUCUCUUCCUAAAAUCAAAGCAAAGGGACUUGAUGUUGAUAUCCAAGGACCUGAAGUCAAAGGUGAUAUGUCACUCCCUAAAAUCAAGUCUCCAGAGGUAGAUAUCAACCUCCAAGGUCCAGAUAUUAAAGGGGGGAAAUUUAAAUUGCCCACUGUCGACAUGCCAUCAUUGGAUCUCUCACUACCCAAAAUGAAGUCUCCAGAUGUAGAUGUCACUCUUGAGGGUCCUGAUGUCAAGAGAGGGAACAUCAAAAUUCCAUCUGUUGAUGUUUCACUUCCUAAAGGAAAGGUUGAGGGUGACAUAAAUAUCGAAGGCCCUGAGAUGAAAGGGGGCAAAUUCAAAAUGCCAAAAUUUGAUGUUUCUUUGCCUAAAGUCAAUCUCCCAAAGGCUGGAGUCAAUGUUGAAGGACCAGAUUUCAAAGGGAAACUUCAAAUGCCCACUGCUGAUAUCUCUCUUCCAAAGGGAAAAGCAGAUGUGGAUAUUGACAUUGAAGGAAAAACUGGGAAAGGUGGCAAGUUUCACAUGCCUUCAGUUGAUAUUUCUCUUCCUAAAAUCAAAGCAAAGGGACUUGAUGUUGAUAUCCAAGGACCUGAAGUCAAAGGUGAUAUGUCACUCCCUAAAAUCAAGUCUCCAGAGGUAGAUAUAAGCCUCCAAGGUCCAGAUAUUAAAGGGGGGAAAUUUAAAUUGCCCACUGUCGACAUGCCAUCAUUGGAUCUCUCACUACCCAAAAUGAAGUCUCCAGAUGUUGAUGUCACUCUUGAGGGUCCUGAUGUCAAGGGAGGGAACAUCAAAAUUCCAUCUGUUGAUGUUUCACUUCCUAAAGGAAAGGUUGAGGGUGACAUAAAUGUCGAAGGCCCUGAGAUGAAAGGGGGCAAAUUCAAAAUGCCAAAAUUUGAUGUUUCUUUGCCUAAAGUCAGUCUCCCAAAGGCUGGAGUCGAUGUUGAAGGACCAGAUUUCAAAGGGAAACUUCAAAUGCCCACUGCUGAUAUCUCUCUUCCAAAGGGAAAAGCAGAUGUGGAUAUUGACAUUGAAGGAAAAACUGGGAAAGGUGGCAAGUUUCACAUGCCUUCAGUUGAUAUUUCUCUUCCUAAAAUCAAAGCAAAGGGACUUGAUGUUGAUAUCCAAGGGCCUGAAGUCAGAGGUGAUAUGUCACUCCCUAAAAUCAAGUCUCCAGAGGUAGAUAUCAACCUCCAAGGUCCAGAUAUUAAAGGGGGGAAAUUUAAAUUGCCCACUGUCGACAUGCCAUCAUUGGAUCUCUCACUACCCAAAAUGAAGUCUCCAGAUGUAGAUAUUAAUCUUGAGGGUCCUGAUGUCAAGGGAGGGAACAUCAAAAUUCCAUCUGUUGAUGUUUCACUUCCUAAAGGAAAGGUUGAGGGUGACAUAAAUAUCGAAGGCCCUGAGAUGAAAGGGGGCAAAUUCAAAAUGCCAAAAUUUGAUGUUUCUUUGCCUAAAGUCAGUCUCCCAAAGGCUGGAGUCAAUGUUGAAGGACCAGAUUUCAAAGGGAAACUUCAAAUGCCCACUGCUGAUAUCUCUCUUCCAAAGGGAAAAGCAGAUGUGGAUAUUGACAUUGAAGGAAAAACUGGGAAAGGUGGCAAGUUUCACAUGCCUUCAGUUGAUAUUUCUCUUCCUAAAAUCAAAGCAAAGGGACUUGAUGUUGAUAUCCAAGGACCUGAAGUCAAAGGUGAUAUGUCACUCCCUAAAAUCAAGUCUCCAGAGGUAGAUAUAAGCCUCCAAGGUCCAGAUAUUAAAGGGGGGAAAUUUAAAUUGCCCACUGUCGACAUGCCAUCAUUGGAUCUCUCACUACCCAAAAUGAAGUCUCCAGAUGUUGAUGUCACUCUUGAGGGUCCUGAUGUCAAGGGAGGGAACAUCAAAAUUCCAUCUGUUGAUGUUUCACUUCCUAAAGGAAAGGUUGAGGGUGACAUAAAUAUCGAAGGCCCUGACAUGAAAGGGGGCAAAUUCAAAAUGCCAAAAUUUGAUGUUUCUUUGCCUAAAGUCAGUCUCCCAAAGGCUGGAGUCGAUGUUGAAGGACCAGAUUUCAAAGGGAAACUUCAAAUGCCCACUGCUGAUAUCUCUCUUCCAAAGGGAAAAGCAGAUGUGGAUAUUGACAUUGAAGGAAAAACUGGUAAAGGUGGCAAGUUUCACAUGCCUUCAGUUGAUAUUUCUCUUCCUAAAAUCAAAGCAAAGGGACUUGAUGUUGAUAUCCAAGGGCCUGAAGUCAGAGGUGAUAUGUCACUCCCUAAAAUCAAGUCUCCUGAGGUAGAUAUCAGCCUCCAAGGUCCAGAUAUUAAAGGGGGGAAAUUUAAAUUGCCCACUGUCGACAUGCCAUCAUUGGAUCUCUCACUACCCAAAAUGAAGUCUCCAGAUGUUGAUGUCACUCUUGAGGGUCCUGAUGUCAAGGGAGGGAACAUCAAAAUUCCAUCUGUUGAUGUUUCACUUCCUAAAGGAAAGGUUGAGGGUGACAUAAAUAUCGAAGGGCCUGAGAUGAAAGGGGGCAAAUUCAAAAUGCCAAAAUUUGAUGUUUCUUUGCCUAAAGUCAGUCUCCCAAAGGCUGGAGUCGAUGUUGAAGGACCAGAUUUCAAAGGGAAACUUCAAAUGCCCACUGCUGAUAUCUCUCUUCCAAAGGGAAAAGCAGAUGUGGAUAUUAACAUUGAAGGAAAAACUGGUAAAGGUGGCAAGUUUCACAUGCCUUCAGUUGAUAUUUCUCUUCCUAAAAUCAAAGCAAAGGGACUUGAUGUUGAUAUCCAAGGGCCUGAAGUCAGAGGUGAUAUGUCACUCCCUAAAAUCAAGUCUCCAGAGGUAGAUAUAAGCCUCCAAGGUCCAGAUAUUAAAGGGGGGAAAUUUAAAUUGCCCACUGUCGACAUGCCAUCAUUGGAUCUCUCACUACCCAAAAUGAAGUCUCCAGAUGUUGAUGUCACUCUUGAGGGUCCUGAUGUCAAGGGAGGGAACAUCAAAAUUCCAUCUGUUGAUGUUUCACUUCCUAAAGGAAAGGUUGAGGGUGACAUAAAUAUCGAAGGCCCUGACAUGAAAGGGGGCAAAUUCAAAAUGCCAAAAUUUGAUGUUUCUUUGCCUAAAGUCAGUCUCCCAGAAGGUGGUGUAAAAAUAAAGGGCCAUGAUACUAAAGGUGGGACAACUGAGAUACCCGAAAUUGAUAUUUCACUCCCUAAAGCAAAAGCACACGGAGAAAUUGACGGGCACGCUGAAAAGGGUGGAAGGUUUCAUAUGCCAUCUGUCUCUCUUCCUAAAAUCAAAGCAACGGGACCUCAAUUCAACAUAGAAGGUGCACAUCCAGGGUUUGAGAUUUUACUACCUGAAGGAAAAGCUGAAGUUGACCUCAACAUCGAAGGUCCUGGCAAUAAAGGACGCAAAUUCACAAUGCCCAAAGUUGAUAUUUCACUUCCAAAGAUGAACUUCCCAGAAGGUGAUAUCAAAGUGGAAGGACCCAACGUGAAGGGAGAAAAGGUUACAGUUCCAGAGGGUACAGUAGAGGGAGAUAUCAAUAUUGAAGGACUCUCUGAAAAAGGAAGGUUUGAUAUCCCGAAGGUUGAAGUUGAUAAAAAAGGAGGUGGAUUCCAUAUGCCAAGUCUUGACAUAAAUCUGCCCAAAUUUGACCUUGACCUCAGCCUGCCCUCUGGUGUAAAAGCUAAAGGCUUCAAAGUUGAUACUCUAAGUCCUGAUGCAUCUGGAGAUUUGGAGAUGUCUGGUCUUACAGGAGGCCUUAAUCCUGCCAAAUUGGAAGUUAAGAAUGAAGAUAUAGAGACAGGUGGUCUAGAAGGUCCAGGUGCAUCCCUAAAACUUCCCACAGUAAAACUACCAACAGUUGACAUCUCAGCUCCAAAGAUGGAUCUCAAUUUUGGCCUUACAAAACCCAAAGGUGAUGAUGUGGAAGUAGAACUUCUGAAAGCAGAAGGAGGGAGGCCUUCUUCAGGGGGCAGCUUUGAUCUACCUGUUUUCCUCAAAGUACCUAGUUUCACUCUUCCUAGGUUUGGGGGAAAGACAAAGAGCUGUAACUUGGAAAUACCAGUACCUAAGGGAGAUACUUCACUCAGUUCACCACAUGUAGAAGGAGAGAUCAGAGCACCGUCGGUGGAGUUUGAUGGAGGUGGAAAAGUCAAGGUGAAAAAACCUAAAAUCAAACUGCCCUCAUUUGGCAUGUCCAAGAAGGCUGCAGAUGUAUCAGUCUCUUGUCCUGAUGUUGAUGUUAAAGGGAAAAGGGGAAAAAUUGACAUUCAUCAACCAGAUAUCAAUGUUGACAACUCAGAUGACAUGUCAAAAUACAAAAUGAAAUUUCCCAAGUUAAAAAUAUCAUCACCCAAAAGUGAACUCCCAGAGGAAAAAGUUGAAGCAAAACUGGAUGCAGAUGUAGAGGCAAAAGGUGGCUUCCAUGCACCUGACGUCUCUUUAAAACUGCCAAAGUUUUCUAUCCCAGGCUUUGUCUCUAAGGAAAAAGACCUAGGUAAGCCAAGUGGUGACCUUGAAGCUAAAACCAAGGUCAAGAUGCCUUCUGUUGAGCUCUCGUUACCAGCAGCUAAAACACCAGAGACUGAGGUUCUUCUCCCAAAAGCAGAAGUUGAUGUUACAGAGGCUGAUAUAAGAGGUUAUGAGGGAAACCUUAAAAUUCCCAAAAUGCCAACGAUUGAUGUUUCUCUCCCCAAAUUAGACCUUGAUGUGUCCUUGCCCAGAGGAAAGUCUCCAAAGAUUGAAGGACCAGACCUGGAGCUAAAAGGGGGUGACGGAAAAUUCAAAAGGCCUCAUUUUAAUAUGCCUGCACUUGAUAUUUCACUUCCAAAAGCAAAGACUGAUUCACCAGAUUUAGAAAUGAAGGAGACUACAGAGGGAAAGUUAAAAAUGCCUCACAUAAAAAUGCCCAACAUUGACAUAUCGCUUCCUAAAGGAAAACUCAAAGAUACUGAGGCAGAAAUAGAAGUGGAUGGACAAGGAGAAGCAAAAGUCAAAACACCUUAUCUGAAAAUGCCCAAUGCUGAUGUUUCUCUGCCUAAAGGUCAUAUUGAAGGUCCAGAGAUAGAGAUUCAAGGAGAAGGUGGAAAAUUCAAGAUGCCACAUCUAAGCAUGCCUUCUGUUGAUAUUUCAUUGCCCAAAGGGAAGAUUGGAGGUCCAGAUGUUGAAGUAGAAGGACAUGGCAAAGGAAAUUUUAAGAUGCCUCACUGGAAAAAGCCAGAUGUUGAUAUCUCUCUAACCAAAGGACAGAUUGAAGGUCCAGAAGUGGAGUUAAAGGGGGAAGGUGGGAAAUUUAAGAUACCACAUCUAAGCAUGCCCUCUGUUGAUAUUUCACUGCCCAGCGGAAAGACUGGAGAUGCAGAGACUGAAACAGAAGGAAAUGAAAGAGCGAAAUUCAAAACACCACAAAUGAAAAUGCCUUCAGUUGAUAUUUCAGCACCCAAGGGAAAGAUUGAAGGUGCAGAUAUCGAAAUGAAUGUUGAUGUUUCUCUACCUAAAAGAAAAGUUGAAAGUCCAGGAGUUCGAGAUGUGGAGAUCAAAGGAGAAGCUGGAAAAUUCAAGAUGCCCCACAUCAAUAUGCCUUCAGUUGAUAUUUCACUACCUAAAGGAAAAACAGAAGGUGCAGAGAUCGAGCUGGAAGGAGGUGCAGGGGGGGGGAUCAGAAUGCCUCAGGUCAAAAUGCCAGGUUUUAACGUCUCUCUACCCAAAGGAAAAGCUGGCAAAAUUAAAGGAGAGAUUGAAAUUGAGGGAGAUGGCAGCAAAAUGCCACAUAUGACAGUGCCUUCAGUCAAUAUUUCACUUCCAACGGGAGAGACUGAAGGUGCCAACGCUACAAUUAAGGGUGAGGGAGGAAUAUUCAGGAUGCCAAAAGUUGACAUUUCUCUUCCUAAAGGAAAACCUUCAGUGCAAGGUCCUGAGGCAGAUAUCAGGGGAGAUAGAGGAGAGUUCAAGAUGCCAAAUGUGGGCAUAUCACUUCCCAAGGGAAAAGUAAACAUUGAUACACCAGCAGAGAAAAUGGAGACAGAGGGAGGAAUCAUCAAACUGCCAGAUAUCAAGAUGCCAAAAGUUGAUAUUUCACUCCCGAAAGGCAAAAGUAAAGGUAGUGAGGUAUCUGUUGUAGAGAUGAAAGUAACCAGUUCUGAUAUUAAAGUUCCAGAGGGAGAAAUACUACUGCCAAUGGCUAAAACCACUGAAGCAGAGAUUAACUUACCAAGUGGUAAGGCUGACCUGGACACUGGGGCUCUUGGAGAAGCUGAUUUGCAUUUUGAGGGUGAGCACAAAGGCCUAAAAUUAAAAGUCCCGACAAUAGAUAUCAAAGGUCCAAAAGGAGGCUUAGAACUUGAUACUGGACUUCACAAAGGGGAGGGCAAAAAGGACAGGAAAAAAGUUGAUCUACCUGACUUAGAUGUCACUACAGAAACCAGCAGCAAAGUAAAAGGGCCUAAAGUCAAAGGAACAAAAUUCAAGAUUGGAAUGCCAAAAAAGAAAAACGGUGGAGAAAGAUUUGAGUAUUUUGAAGUUGAAACCCAGAAUGGUCAUAAAGAUGACAAAAAUCGUGUUAACCAUCCAGUACCAGAAGUUACAUUACCAAGUGUAAGUCUAAAAACAGAAGUGAAAGGAGAGGGUGGCUCCUCAUCUCCACAUGCAGGAAUCAGAGUCCCCAAAAUACCAGACAUAGAGUUUGAUAUUGGCUCAUCUCAAGAUGGAGAUAACAGCAAAACAGAAAAAGGCAAGAAAAUCAAAAUCCCUAAGUUUGGCGUCCCAUUACCCUCCCUAUCCUCACCAGAGGAAAGUGUGAAUGUCCAUGGGCCAGAAAUUCAGUAUGAGGGCCCUAAAAUGCCUAAAGUAAAGAAAGCGGUUUUUGUCUUGGUAGACACUCCUCCAACAAAUGAGCCUGCUACAAGCACAAGUCCCUUAAAAGGGGAAGCAAUGGCUGAGGCUGAGACAGAGACUGUCAAAGUGAAGAUGCCCAAAAUCAAAAAGAAGCCAAGCUUUGGAAAGUCCAAAGAAAAGUCAGCUGCUGCAAGUGCAGAAAAAGAAGGGGCAGAAGAAGAAAAGUCAAAGGGGGGAAGAAUAAAGAUGCCUAAAGUGUCGUUUUCGUCUGGCAAAUCUGCAUCAUUUGGUGGUGACACUGUCAAAAGAGAAGGUUCAAGUUCAAGUCUCAAUGGUGAAAGCCCUCACAAGGGCUCCAAGGAAGAGAAGGUGGCAUUCAGUGGUAAAAUCAAACUCCCAAAGGUGGAGUUCACCAGUCUAUAUGGGAAGACGGGUGCAAGAGGAGCAGACAUGGAAACAAGUGGGGAACUGGGAAAGCAUUCAUCACCAGAAGAAGUACAAUCAAGCACAAUGUUACCAGGGGGUUUCACUGAGGAGCCUUUGAAGGAUUUGGUGUCUUCUCGUGCCAGAACAGAAAUGCUGGACAGGGACAGCUCAGAGUCCCCUUCUGGUUUUGCCACAGAGUUCACCUCAACAAAGUUUCAAGCUUGGAGCAAGGUGGAGAGCAAAAGCAGGGAAUCAGAAGAGAGAGAGUCUUCCUCAUGGUUUAAGGUCCCAAAGGUCACCUUGAAGCCACAUGCCACAGGCUUCCUCCAGAUAACUCCAGAGAGUUCUCCUCAGGCCCAGCAGAAAGGUGAGGUAGGGGGUGAGGCAGAUGUCUCGGGGUCUUUCUGCCUCCACACCUCAGGGCUCGACUUCACCACCUCGCAAAUGACCGAAGAGCACCAAAUCUCUUCCUCCGAGGAGGGAACUGUCACCAUGGUGACAAAGACCACCAGAAUCACCCACCUGGCUGAAACACGAACAGACGAGUCUUCAACGACCACAGCAACAACAAAGACAACAACAGCAGCUCACCAGGUGUCAAAGUACUGAAGAUGCUGGAAUGGUAUCUUUAAUGUAUUUUACUUUUCUUGUUAUUGUUGUUUAGUUUUUUUGUGAGGUUGCCGUGUUAAUAUAAAGUAAACCUCUAAUAAAAGGACAAUUCAUCCCCAAAUUAGUGAUACAUUAGUUUUUUCUUCUGACCUGUAGUGCUGUUUAUCUACUGAACUUUUUUGAACUGAUUAUUUGUGGGCUCCACGCAUCAUUUCUCCAGCUAAUAUCGCCAAAACUGGGCAACUCUAACCAAAUCAAUUUAGAUGGAUAAAUAGUAACAUAGCCCAGAGGAACACCGUGUAUAUUAAUUUGGGGUUCAUCUGUGCCUUAACAAAAAAAAUUAUAUUAUAUUUUCAUAGAUGAUGUAUGAAUGUGAUGAACUACAAUAACAUUACAUCAAGCAGUAUUAUUGUCAUUAUUAUAGCUAAAGAUUGCUAUAUAUUUCCUUCUCUCAUCUUACAUGUGACGACUUUUUUUGUUACGGUUUGUUAGUUUAGUCCAAAUUAUUUAUCCGAUUUUGUUUGGUUUUUAAAGGUUUCACUCUGAAUGUAAACAUGUCGGACUGCUUCAUUAUUUAUUUUUGUUUUGUGUUUGAAAUGCGCUGGAAAGAGUCUUUUACUCACAUCGACUUCAUGGUUCAUGAUUCAGUUCUAUGAUCAUUUAAAAAUAUUUCAUUAUGAACCAUCACAACGUAGGCCAGAGGAAUAUUUAUGUAAAUAAAACAAUAUAAUUGCUUUUUUGAAGCUGUUUCCUUUUCAGUUCAAAAUGUAUUUUCAUAUUUACCAAAGCAUAAAUGAUAUUGUUUUGACCUCAAACAAUGUUUUGUUUAUCUUGAAGAAAAAGUGUGAACUUUCUGAGAUUAUGGGCUUUUUUUUGCCAUAGUUUUAUAUAUUAGCACAUUUAGCCUGUGCUUUUUUUUUUUUCCCAGAGACGGUCAGUGAGUAAGCAGGACGCUCUGGACUCUUUAUCUGCUGUGGGGAUCAAACCUGUGACUAUCUGGUUAUAGGUUGCUCUCAAAUAUUUAGCCCAACCUGCUGCUAAUAUAUUUUUUAUUAAUGUUUUUACUGUACAAUGCCAAAAAAAAGGGCACCACUGUAUUUUUUGUGAAUGAGGCUGUAGCUUUAAAAUACACUGAUAUUUCUGAAGCUCGGCUGUUAAGUAUUGUUGCGUUUCAAAACAUCAGCAGUGAGCUGGACGGAAAUUUGGGGAUUUAAACCAGAAAUUCAGAAAUUUUAGAGAGGAAACUGUAAAGUUUAUUCUGUUGAUCCAAGUUGCUAAAAGGCUGCUAGAGUGAGACUAGUGGGGGUGGCGUGUCUUGAUCUUGUUGCAAAGCAAUCGUGUUAGAAAAAAAGGCCAGAAAACAGAGUUAUAAAUAUUUCUAAAAACACCAAAAAUUACUGUCGGAGAGAUUGAAACUUUAAGUGCCUUUACCCAGUACAAUUUAAACAAUGUAUCUACUAUUUAAUGUAUAAACUGUUUUAAAAUGGAAUAAUCUUCUUGAAUAUCAGUUUUUAUGUCUCUAAAUUUUGAUAUUUAAGUUUAAUUUAUAAACAAAGAACUUACCAUUUAUAAACAUGUUUGUAAUUUUUCUGGUAUUCUGUUAAAACGUCCUACCUUAAAGGAUACACCAAUCAGGCUUUUUGAACGGUUUUCUAUUUUCAAGUAGAUGUAAAACAUUUAAGAAUAAACACUUUUAUGUUUCCUUUAUUUGGCUGACUGAUGGAAUGAAGCUGCGUGGUAAAAUGCAUGAAUCCAUAAAAGAGUUGUCUCAUUAACAACGUUUAGCACAGUGCCUUUUUUUGCAGCUGAGAACUAGAACUUUAAAAAAAGCUGAGACGAGUAGUGACAUGUGAAGGUAACGCGCACUGAGGCAGGAUGUACAUGCAGAGAGAUUUUUAACUUUCUGGUUUAACAAGGUCUUCGAAUUUCUUUUUGAUUCUAAGGGUUUCAGUGGCAAGUGUUUUGUCAGAGCUGCAUUGAAAGAAUGUUUGUAAAGAUGUUACUUAAAUAAAGUAAUAUUCACACAAAAA